AUGGUGAUUAUUAGCAAAGUCGUUAACAAUACUAGAUAUGCUGUAUUUCGUGCUUAUAAACAAUUGUUGAAGGUCCAAAGAGAAACAUUUAAUGAGGAUACUUAUACUAUAAAAGAUGAAUUUAUAUGUUGCUUAGAGGCAAAACGUAAGACACGUGAAGAAUUUUUAAAAAACAAAGAUGAAAUUGAUACAAAUAAAAUACAAGAGUGUAUAAAUCAAGCUAAUGAUGUAGCAUCUUUAUUACAAAAAAAUGUUGCUCAAGCUGAGAUUGAAAAUCCCUCCGAACAUAUAUUUAAAAUAAAGUUACACGAAAGACAUGAAUUGGGAGAUAAUAAAUCAAUAAAAAAUCCUCCAUCUAAAACCUUGAAAAGGCAAAUGUUUGUUUCAAAAAUGACUCAACAUUCAACCGACUCAUUAAAUCUCGCUCAUGAUUUGAUUAACAUCUCAAAGACUGGAGAAUUCGCCGACGUCGUUAUAAGAGUAGGAGAGGAUCGUGGUGAAUUGAAUACCAAAAAUUUUCUGGUUCACUCGAUAGUAUUAAGUGCGCGUUCAAAAUGGUUUCGCGCUGCCCUUAUCUGA